UGUUUCGUGUCUCUGAUGUCACAUCUUCCUGCUCAUGUCUGCCUGCAGAACAUUGAUGAUGGCACCGCUGACCGUCCCUACAGCCACGCUCUGGUCGCCGGCAUCGACCGCUAUCCCCGUAAGGUGACCACAUCCAUGGGCAAGAAGAAGAUCGCCAAAAGGUCCAAGAUCAAGGCCUUCGUUAAGGUGUUCAACUACAACCACCUCAUGCCCACCAGGUCAGUGUCUAAUCUACAUUGACAUAAUUAAGUUUUC